UCUAAUUGGCUGGCGGAGAGCUUCCUGGGGGACUCGGCCGCUCGCAAGGCGCCACCGCGGCCACUCUAGCCGCCGUCCCGCGCUUUGGCCUCGCUCUUUCGGCUGCGAUCUCCCUAUGGUGUUGGCGACGACAUGUGGCGGCUCCCGGGUCUCCUGGGCCGGGCUCUUCCCCAUCUGUCCAGAUCUGGCCUCCGUGGGGUAACCCCUAAGUCCACCAGCCCAGAUGGGCCUCAGGCUACGUCCUCCAACCUCCUCGUCCCUGUGCCCAGCGUUGACAGGUCCGGUCCCCAUGGCCCAGGCCCAGGCCCAGGCCCAGGCCCAGGCACAAGCAGGGGCCCAAGGUCCCAUGGAUGGAAAGAUGCCUUCCAGUGGACGUCUCCCCGUGUCUCCCAGAACACAUUUUGGGAUGCCAUAUCGUGGGGCACUCUGGCCGUGCUGGCCCUGCAACUGGCAAGGCAGAUCCACUUCCAGGCGUCCCUGCCAUCAGGACCUCGGCGAGCGGAGCGCUGCUCUUGGCGCAGCCCCCUGGACCGUUUCCUCUCAUCUCCCUUGUGGCCCCUGCACUCCUCACUGCGGAGGUACGUUCUGCCCAGCCCUGACCACCCGGCUCCUAGGCACUCUGGCCUCAGGAAACUCAGGCUGGGCCACGAAGAACCCGCCACUCAGCCCGAGAGCCUCUCUUCACACAGCUCCUUGGGAGCAGCUGGUCUUCAGGGUCCCUCUGAGGAAGACCCCAGUGACACCGGCUUCCUGGAGGCCAGCAAUAGCUUCAAGUCAGAGGCAAAGCCAGCCCAGCCUCAGCCCCCUGGCAAAAAGCAGGAACAAGAGAAAUCAAAAACUCUUUCCCUCGAGGAGGCCGUGACUUCCAUUCAGCAGCUCUUCCAGCUCAGUGUUUCCAUCGCUUUCAACCUCCUGGGGACAGAGAACAUGAGGGAUGGGGACCACGUGGCUGCCUUUUCUCACUUCCAGAAAGCAGCAGAUCGCGGCUACAGCAAAGCUCAGUACAACGUGGGCUUGUGUCACGAGCAUGGCAGAGGCACCCCCAGGGACCUUGACAAGGCAGCCCUUUAUUACCAGUUGGCUGCCGGCCAGGGCCACAGCCUGGCUCAGUACCGCUAUGCCAGGUGCCUGCUGCAAGACCCAGCCUCCUCGUGGGACCCCGAGCGGCAGAGGGCAGUGUCCAUGCUGAAGCAGGCUGCAGACUCAGGCUUGAGAGAGGCCCAAGCUUUCCUCGGGGUGCUUUUCACCAAGGAACCGUACCUGGACGAGCAGAGAGCCGUGAAAUAUCUUUGGCUUGCAGCCAACAAUGGGGACUCACAGAGCAGGUACCACUUGGGAAUUUGUUAUGAGAAGGGCCUUGGUGUGCAGAGGAAUCUGGGAGAGGCCAUGAGAUGUUACCAGCAGUCAGCAGCUCUGGGGAACGUGCCCGCCCAGGAGAGGCUGCAGACCCUCUUUUCCAUGGAGGCAGCAGCCCCGGGGCCCGGCGAGCUGGCAGUUAGAGGAUUGAAGUCAUUUUCCAGCCCAUCCCUCUGCAGCCUGAACACCCUGCUGGCAGGAGCCUCGUGCCUGCCACACGCCUUGAGCACAGGGAACCUUGGCCUCCUCUAUAGAAGCGGGCAUCUCAGAGCCAGCCCCGGAGCCCCCAGCAGGGCUGUCCCCCACCAUGCGUACCCCUUGGAAAGGAGUCUCGUCAGACUGGGUUUUGGCUAAGACCUCCACCCUUCACUCAGCCCUGAAGAUGGAGCCUGUGGAGCCUCAGAGAAAUACCUCGACUUGAGUUCCAAAGAGGCCAGGUAUCCACCCACCUUCCCAAAGAACCUUAAGUCCCUGCCCAGCACUGUAAAGAAGAGGAAAGUAUGUGAACGCCCAGGUUCUGGCCACGUCACUUUGAAGCAGUGGCCUGAUUCGCUGUGUUGCUUCCUCAGUUGUAGACCAAGGGCAGCAGCCUGCCCUCCCCCCUGCGGGCAGAUGUGGGGCAUUUCAUUGCAGAAAGGACCUUGGUGCUCACUUAGGCCUGAGGAGGCGGAGUGAUGCCCAUGGUUACGUGGCUUUAUGAGUCACCAGGCCAGGACAAGGACCCCAGCCUCCUGACGCCUGGCCCAGGGCUCUUUUGCAACAGUUCUCACCGUCAUUUUAUGUGAAGGUGUUAUUAUUGUCCCGCUGAUAGGAGGGGGUAAAUGGAGAUUGAGCCUCCAGAGUCUUGGAGCAGGAGUAUGUAGAUUUUGAGACCCUCGUUUGUGAAAGGUGUGCCAGAAAUAGAUGUGAGCUUAAUAAAACAGAUCCUGGAUUAUCUCA